GGAAAUGGGAAAAAAAAAAUCUCUCAUAUCCGACUGACUCCGAGAAGUCCGGUGACGAGAGAGAUCGAGAGAACACUCGCCUUAGCUCUUCUUCUUCUCCCUUCUCUACGGGGAGUUGCGGCUCCGGCGGGCGCGCGACGAGAGGAUCGCCGAAGAGUGCCCAGAACUGAGAUUUUGAGUUUCUAAUAUCGAUUUUCAUUCCAAGGGAGAAUUGAUAUACAUAUGAAACUCUGAGAAGGAUGGGUUAUGGCAUGAGUAGGAUGGAGGAGGAAUACAGCGAGCAUGAAGAUCAGAAUAAUGGUGGAUCUAAUUCACAAGUGAAUAAUGAGUUCUUAAACACACAUAAUGAUAUUUUCCAUAUGACUCAAAUAAGAUCAGGACCUAGUGAAAGUCUUCGCAAGUCUAUUGGUACAAGCAAAGAUGUGAUAUCGACAACCAGGUUAUUGUCUGGAAGGGAAAUUAAUUCUUCAGGAAAUGGGAAGUUCUCUUCAGUUGAUCGUGCGUUUCUUCUUGGUCGUUAUCUUCCAGUUGAUGGCCCUGAAAUAGUGGACAGGAUGGAUUCCCGAGCUUAUGUUUCACAGUUUUCUGCUGAUGGAUCUCUUUUUGUUGCUGGUUUUCAGGGAAGCCACAUAAGAAUAUAUGAUGUUGAUAAAGGUUGGAAAGUACAUAGGGACAUUCAUGCUAGAAGUUUGAGAUGGACCAUUAGUGACGCAUCACUUUCCCCUGAUCAACAGUUUCUUGUCUACUCCAGUCUAGCACCGAUUAUCCAUAUCGUCAAUGUUGGGACUGCUGCAAAACAAUCAUAUGCUAAUAUCACUGACAUCCACGAUGGACUAGAUUUUUCACAGCAUGAAGAUGUUCGAUAUACAUUUGGAAUAUUUUCUGUUAAAUUCUCUUCUGAUGGCCGAGAGCUUGUUGCUGGCAGUAACGAUGAUUCAAUAUAUGUUUAUGACCUUGUGGCAAACAAACUAACGUUGCGUUUGCCUGCUCAUCAUUCUGAUGUCAACACAGUAGCAUUUGCUGACGAAACUGGCCAUCUCAUAUAUUCUGGAAGUGAUGAUAAUUUAUGCAAGGUCUGGGAUAGGCGAUGUUUAUCCACAGAAGAACCUGCUGGAGUUUUGACUGGGCAUUUGCAUGGCAUUACUCAUAUUGAUAGCCGUGGAGAUGGUCGGUGUUUCAUAUCAAAUGGAAAAGACCAAGCUAUCAAAAUGUGGGACAUCAGGAAAAUGACAUCCAAUGCUGAUAGUUAUGAAGACAGAACCUCAAAUUGGGACUAUAGAUAUUCAAGAUAUCCACAACAGUAUAAGCAACUAAAGCAUCCCCAUGAUCAGUCAAUAGCUACAUACUGGGGCCAUUCAGUUCUUCGUACAUUGAUCCGUUGCUAUUUUUCUCCUGCAUAUAGCACAGGACAGAAGUACAUAUAUACAGGAUCCUAUGAUUCUAGUGUUUGUAUCUACGAUGUGGUGAGCGGAUCACAAGUUGCAAAACUCAAAGGAUAUCAUCAGCUGGCAAUUCGAGACUGCAGUUGGCAUCCCUUCGACCCUAUGCUUGUCAGCUCAUCCUGGGACGGCCGGGUUGCCAAGUGGUCCAGGUCUUCCUGUCAGCAAGAAGAGACUACUGAUCUCGAUUGAUUCGGUGCUUGCGAUCUUCCAUUAGCAUAUAUGCAGAUAAUGGCACGAAACAAAUGGGUUUAAACAGAUUACACAGUUUGGCUAGAUAUUAGAUAUAUUGUGAAGAAGAUGGCGCGUCGUAAAAAAUGGAUACUCGUAGUCAGAGUCAUGCGCUCGUCCGGGAAUACACAGAGUUUUCUUUGGUUGUCUGUACAGCGUUUCCCUUGGUGGAGCUUUACAUGUGGUCCGUAUACAUGUCAAUCUGUAUAUGUCACUGAUUUAUGGAGCAUGAGCUGGGAGUUAAUUUGAUCCGUGCAGGAGCGGAGUAAAUUUGCUUUCACAAUCUACAUAAAUUUGUAAUGCAAUUUCCAAAGAUCCAAGAAAUAGCAGUACAGAUCUGCCAACAUGGGCAGGAUCAGGAGCAGAUGACGAUCGAAAGAACGGUGUUGUCACACGCAACCAGACGUGAGGUGAGAACAGAUCAAAUGCCGGCAUAUGCCGAUGCCUACUUCUUCCCGCCGCUCUUUCCCUUGGCGCCGGCGCCGCCGUUGCCGCCCUGCCCGGUGGCCUGCGCCGCCUUCCUGGCCGCCUUCUCCUGCAGCGCCUUGGCGUCCCUCUCGCGGCGCUGCUCCGGCGUGAGCCCGUCGUCGCGCCCCUUCACAACCGGCUUCCGCGCCUGCGCCCUCUGCCUGUCCCGCUCCCUCUGGUCGCCGCGUGCGCACCCUCCUCAGGUCAAGGACAACACAGUACGAGCAGCGCAAUCCACAGAUCCAAAAAAACAUCACACGAACACGCGCGGUAAAAAAACAGAAAACAAUUGAAAAAUAAAUUCCUUAAACUCUACUACAGACCAAAGAAGGAACAUAAUAACUCCUUAAAAUAGAAAAAUAGUGAGAAAAAAAAACAUUUUGUUGUGGCGAAGGAUAUGAGUCAUAGCGGUGAAAUUAUAAGAGGUCGCAAGAGCGUGGGGGACGAGACGGUGGCAAGGAGGAAAGAAAUGGAGGAAGAAGUAUCUAGAAGCAGCGGGCGGCUGCUGUUGACAAACUUUUGUGUCGUGAG